AUGUCUGCAACUCAGCUACUUAACCCGAAGGCGGAGUCCCGGCGGAGAGGAGAGGCCCUCAAGGUCAACAUCGGCGCCGGAGAGGGUCUUCAAGAUGUCCUCAAGUCCAAUCUGGGCCCCUCGGGUACCUUGAAGAUGCUGGUCGACGGCUCUGGCGGACAAAUUCAAAACCCCACGGCUGUUAUGAUUGCCCGCGCAGCCACCGCACAAGAUGAUAUCACUGGUGAUGGAACAACAUCGGUUGUGCUCUCCGUGGGAGAGCUCCUGAAGCAGGCGGACCGCUUCAUUUCGGAGGGUCUGCACCCCCGAGUGAUCACCGAUGGUUACGAGAUUGCUAAGACAGAGGCCUUGAAGUACCUCGAACAAUUCAAGCUUGACCGGAACGUUGACCGGGAGCUGCUCCUCUCUGUUGCUCGCACCUCUCUCUCCACCAAGUUGAACAACGCCCUCGCCGAGAAGCUGACCCCCGACAUUGUCGAUGCCGUGCUUGCCAUUCACCGCGCCCCCGAGAAGCCCGAUUUGCACAUGGUCGAGAUCAUGACCAUGCAACACCGCACAUCCUCUGACACCCAACUCAUCCGCGGGUUGGCUUUGGAUCACGGUGCCCGCCAUCCUGACAUGCCCAAGCGAGUGGAGAAUGCCUUCAUUCUUACCUUGAACGUCAGCCUCGAGUACGAGAAGUCUGAGAUCAACUCUGGAUUCUACUACUCUACCGCUGAGCAGCGAGACAAGUUGGUGGAGAGCGAGCGUAAGUUUGUCGACGCGAAGUUGCAGAAGAUUGUGGACCUCAAGAAGCAGGUUUGCGGCAACGACCCGAAGAAGGGAUUCGUUGUCAUCAAUCAGAAGGGUAUCGACCCCCUUAGUUUGGACAUCUUGGUCAAGAACGGUAUUAUGGCUCUCCGCCGAGCCAAGCGGAGAAAUAUGGAGCGUCUGCAGCUGGUUUGCGGUGGUGUUGCCCAAAACAGUGUGGAGGAUAUGACCCCCGAUGUUCUCGGCUGGGCCGGUCUUGUCUAUGAGCACCAGCUUGGUGAGGAGAAGUUCACUUUUGUCGAAGAGGUCAAGGACCCCAAGUCCGUGACUAUCCUCAUCAAGGGCCCUAAUGCACACACUAUCGCUCAGGUCAAGGACGCUGUUCGCGACGGCCUUCGCUCAGUCUACAACACCAUCGUUGAUGGCUGUGUCAUUCCCGGAGCUGGUGCCUUCCAAGUUGCCUGUGCUACUCAUCUUAAAUCUGAUGUUUUCCGCAAGACUGUCAAGGGUAAGGCUAAGUGGGGCGUUGAUGCCUUCGCCGAUGCUCUCUUGGUCAUCCCCAAGACUCUUGCAGCCAACUCUGGUCACGAUGUUCAGGACUCUCUGGCUGCUCUGCAGGGUGAGUGUGACGAGGGUAAUGUUGUUGGUCUAGACUUGAACACUGGUGAGCCCAUGGACCCUGUGCAGCAGGGUGUCUUUGACUCGUACCGUGUUCUGCGAAACUGCAUCGCCUCCAGCACUGGCAUUGCUGCCAACCUUCUUCUCUGCGACGAGCUGCUGAAGGCCCGGCAAAUGAGCAAGCCAAGUGGUCCUGGUCCUGCGGAGGAGUAA